AAUGUAAGGAGCAUUAUUCACACUGACCACCAAUGUAGGGGCAUUCUUUGCACUGACUACCAAUGUAAGGAGCAUUCUUUUCUCUACCAAGAUGUCUGUAAGGUGGGCAUUCUUUGCACUGACUACCAAUGUAAGGGGCAUUCUUCCCACAUACAACCAAUGAAAGGGACAUUCUUUGCACUGACUACCAAUGUAAGGUGCAUUCUUCCCACAUACAACCAAUGUAAGGGACAUUCUUCACACUGAUCACCAAUGUACGGAGCAUUCUUCACACUGACCACCAAUGUAAAGGGCAUUCUUUGCACUGACUACCAAUGUAAGAAACAUUCUUCCCACUGACCACCAAUGUAAGGGGCAUUCUUCCCACUGAUUAUCAAUGGAAGGGGCAUUCUUCCUGCCGAUCAUCAAUGUAAGGGGCAUUCUUCCCACUGACCACCAAUAUAAGGGGCAUUCUUACCACUGACCACCA